GUGCGGGAGGAGGGAGGGGAGCUCGCGGGCCGGAGAGGGGGCGACGGCGGCGGCGGGGGCCCGACGAGGCCCGAACGGCGGCAGCGGCGGCUGAGGCCGAGGCGGAGCCUGGAGAGGUGUGGCUGGACCAAGACCUCCCCCGAUGUGAGCAGGUUUCCUCCUCCCCCCACCGCCCGUUGCCACCACGCCAGGGAACGUCCUCAAGCCCUGGCCCUCAGGGGAGAGGUAACAGGAGCUCUGAGCCGAGACCAUGUGACGGCGCUGGCCCUCGCCACCGCCGUCCCCCCCACCCUGGCCCCAGGCCCGGCACCAUGAUGUUCCGCGACCAGGUGGGCAUCCUCGCUGGCUGGUUCAAGGGCUGGAAUGAGUGUGAGCAGACGGUGGCCCUGCUGUCACUUCUGAAGCGGGUCACUCGCACCCAGGCCCGGUUCCUGCAGCUCUGCCUGGAGCACUCACUGGCGGACUGCAAUGACAUCCACCUGCUAGAGUCGGAGGCCAACAGUGCUGCCAUCGUCAGCCAGUGGCAGCAGGAGUCCAAAGAGAAGGUGGUAUCCCUCCUGCUGUCCCACCUGCCCCUGCUUCAGCCAGGCAACACGGAGGCCAAGUCGGAGUACAUGAGACUGCUGCAGAAAGUGCUGGCCUACUCGAUCGAGAGCAAUGCCUUCAUCGAGGAGAGCCGCCAGCUGCUCUCUUACGCCCUCAUCCACCCGGCCACCACACUGGAGGACCGCAAUGCACUGGCCCUCUGGCUGAGCCACCUGGAAGAGCGGCUGGCCAGCGGCUUCCGCACCCGGCCUGAGCCUACCUACCACUCACGCCAAGGCUCAGAUGAAUGGGGGGGCCCUGCAGAGCUGGGCCCUGGGGAGGCAGGGCCAGGCUGGCAGGACAAACCACCCCGGGAAAAUGGACACGUGCCCUUCCACCCAUCCAGCUCAGUGCCGCCAGCCAUCAACAGUAUUGGGAGCAAUGCAAACACAGGUCUCCCCUGCCAAAUUCACCCCAGCCCGCUGAAGCGCUCCAUGUCUCUCAUCCCCACGAGCCCCCAGGCCCCUGGUGAGUGGCCGAGUCCGGAGGAGCUCGGGGCCCGGGCUGCUUUCACCACGCCCGACCACGCACCCCUCUCACCCCAGAGCAGCGUGGCCUCCUCUGGCAGUGAGCAGACGGAGGAGCAGGGCUCCAGCCGGAACACCUUCCAGGAGGACGGCAGUGGCAUGAAAGAUGUACCCUCAUGGCUCAAGAGCCUCCGCUUGCACAAGUACGCAGCCCUCUUCUCACAGAUGAGCUACGAGGAGAUGAUGACACUGACUGAGCAGCACCUGGAGUCUCAGAAUGUCACCAAAGGUGCCCGCCACAAGAUAGCCCUCAGCAUCCAGAAGCUGCGUGAGAGGCAGAGCGUCCUCAAGUCCCUGGAGAAGGAUGUGCUGGAAGGAGGGAAUCUGCGAAACGCUCUGCAGGAGCUGCAGCAGAUAAUUAUCACCCCCAUCAAGGCCUACAGCGUCCUCCAAGCCACCGUGGCUGCUGCCGCUGCUGCCACCCCUACUGCCAAGGAUGGGAGCCGGGGGGAGCCACCACUGCCAGGUGCUGAGCCUCCCCUGGCUCACCCCGGCACAGACAAGGGCACUGAGGCCAAGGACCCUCCAGCUGCAGAGAGCUACCCCCCUCCACCAGCUCCGGCUCCCACUGAUGGCAGUGAGCCAGCCCCGGCUCCCGUCGCCGACGGAGACAUCCCCAGCCAGUUUACACGGGUGAUGGGCAAAGUGUGCACCCAGCUGCUGGUGUCCCGACCAGACGAGGAGAACAUCACCAGUUACCUCCAGCUCAUUGAAAAGUGCCUGACUCAUGAGGCGUUCACGGAGACGCAGAAGAAACGGCUGCUGUCCUGGAAACAGCAAGUGCUGAAGCUCCUGCGGACCUUCCCACGCAAAGCCGCACUAGAGAUGCAGAGCUACCGGCAGCAGAAAGGCUGGGCGUUCGGCUCCAACUCGCUUCCCAUAGCUGGCUCUGUGGGGAUGGGGGUAGCCCGGCGGACCCAGCGGCAGUUCCCCAUGCCUCCCCGGGCCCUCCCGCCCGGCAGGAUGGGCCUUCUGAGCCCUUCGGGCAUUGGGGGCAUCUCCCCGCGACAUGCCCUCACUAGCCCCAGUCUUGGGGGCCAGGGCCGACAGAACCUGUGGUUUGCCAACCCCGGAGGCAGCAACAGCAUGCCCAGCCAGAGCCGCAGCUCUGUGCAGCGCACCCACUCCCUCCCGGUCCAUUCGUCGCCCCAGGCCAUUCUCAUGUUCCCUCCAGACUGCCCGGUCCCUGGGCCUGACCUGGAGAUCAAUCCCACUCUGGAGUCUCUAUGUCUGAGCAUGACAGAACACGCCUUGGGUGAUGGGACAGACAAAACCUCCACCAUCUGACGGGACCCACAGCCCAGCGCACCCAUAGGCUCCCUGGGCGGCGGGCGGGGGCCAACCCCCAACGGGCUUCUCCGCGACAGCGAGAGGGUGGGCUGGCUCAGCUAUACAUUCUAGUAUUUUUCUACUCUC